CACCUAUUAGAAAGAAUCUGGAAGUUUCACUGGAUAUCUUCGGUAUGAUUUUACACUCGUGUUGAGAUUUCCAGUAAGCGCGUAAAGGGAUCUUCUUGCGUGUCACACAACUUUUGGAGGCGCUCCAUCAAGAAGAAGAUCUCAUCACUGGAACAACACGCACGUGGAUUCUUUGCUUUCUCUUUUCUUUUCUUUUCUUUUUUUUUUUUGGCUUUGAUCAUCGGUGGAGAUGUUCGGGCACGAUAUCUGCCUCGUGUCCGCGUUGCUGGCGGCUGCCGGUGCUGUCUUCCCGGCUCUGCUGUUGCUUGUGGUUUCGUGGCUGCUGUGGGAGUUCAGGUGGAGCAUCACCCGGGAUCGGACGUGUAAACUCCCUCUCCCGCAGGGCUCCAUGGGCUGGCCGCUGGUCGGAGAAACUUUUCACUGGCUUAUCCAGGGAUCCAGCUUUCACAUCUCCAGACGCGAGAAACACGGAAAUGUUUUUAAAACUCACCUUUUGGGCAAACCCCUCAUCCGAGUGACUGGUACAGAAAAGAUUCUGCUGGGUGAACACACGCUGGUGUGCACGCAGUGGCCCCAGAGCACACGCAUCAUCCUGGGGCCCAACACUCUGGUAAACUCAGUUGGUGACCUGCACAAGAGGAAAAGAAAAAUCCUUGCAAAAGUGUUUAGCCGUGGAGCACUGGAGGCCUAUCUGUCACACCUUCAAGAUGUCGUCAAGUCUGAAAUUGCUAAGUGGUGCGCCGAGACCGGGUCUGUGGAUGUUUACACCGCAGCCAAGUCACUCACUUUCCGCAUCGCAGUGCGAGUCCUGCUCGGUCUGCACCUGGAGGAGCAGCAAAUCACUUCUCUCUCCAAAACCUUUGAACAGCUCAUGAACAAUCUCUUUUCUCUUCCUAUUGACACCCCCAUAAGCAGCCUGCGUGAGGGAAUCAGGGCCCGUGAGAUUCUGCACUCUGCCAUGGAAAAGAUCAUAGAGGAGAAACUGAAAAAGCAGCAAACCAGUGAUUAUUGUGACGCUUUUGACUAUAUGCUGAGCAGUGCGAAGGAAGAUGACUACGAGCUUACAAUGCAAGAACUCCAGGAAACCGCAGUAGAGUUAAUCUUUGCUGCUCACUCCACUACUGGCAGCGCAUCAACAUCCCUCAUCCUGCAGCUGCUGCGUCUUCCAGAUGUGAGUGAGCGCACCAGAGCAGAGCUGGAAAGCGAGGGGUUGAUCGAUGACGUGCAUGGAUACUGCCGCUCUUGUUGCCAUGGGAACGUCAUCAGUGAGGAACGCGAUGCUGCUGAGAAGAGUACCAGUGAGUGGACAUCAGCGAUGAAUAAAACAAUGUGUUUUGAAGCAGGGGACAAGGAAGAGGGGCGUUGCUCUCGGACCCAUGUCCCAUACCUGAGUUUGGAGAAACUGAAUCAACUUUCUUACCUGGACUGUGUGGUCAGAGAGGUGCUUCGGUUCCUCCCACCGGUGUCUGGGGGAUACAGGACAGUUCUGCAAACAUAUGAAUUAAAUGGUUAUCAGAUCCCGAAGGGCUGGAGCAUCAUGUACAGCAUCCGUGACAUGCAUGAGACAGCAGAAGUGUAUCAGAACCCAGAGCUCUUCGACCCGGACCGGUUCUGCGCGGAUCGAAACGAGAGCAAAACUGACCGCUUCAGUUACGUCCCUUUCGGAGGCGGUGUGAGGAGGUGCAUCGGUCGAGAGCUAGCUUUGAUUGUGCUGAAAACUCUUACAGUGGAGUUGCUCGCCACAGUGGAUUGCACUUUGGCAACAGAAACAUAUCCAAGUAUGCAGACGGUGCCAAUCGUGCAUCCGGUCAAUGGACUGCACGUGUUUUUUAACUACAGAACCCACGGAGUUGAGAGAAACCGCAGGGAGUCCACGCAUAUAUAGACCAAAAAAUAAUAAUAAUUUAGACACUGUACAACAUAGAACGCCAACACAUAGACAUCAAAUUGCUUUUGGGAAUCAUGUACAAUCAUGCAGUUUCCUUUCUGAUGUUUAUGUAAAGCAAAACAUCUGGAAAUGGAUGAAAUGAUGAACUUGACUCAUUCAUUAGAUAAUGCAAAGUCUUGAAAUCUUGUUUUAAGUUAAUUUGUGAAAAGGAUAAAUAUCCACUAGAAUGCAUGAAAAAGUUACUUAAGCCUGUGUAAAAGCCUGUUAGGUUUGAAUAAGCAAGCCAUUUUGAUGUGCAUGUGCACGUCUAAAAAAUAGAAUAGAAUAGAAAUGCAUUUAAAUUCAUUUAUUCUUUCAUCUCAGCCUUGUAUGUGAUAUAUAAAAAAAAACUGUUUUUGUUUUAUGAAAUGAAGUAGGAACACAAAUAAGCUCUGUUUAGAUUUUUUCUCAAGUAAAUAGAAAUGGCUCACUAAAUAAAAAAUGAUAUUACUCCACUUUCUAAUUUCUAGGCCACUGUACUAUUAAAGUGACUAGUUAUCUAUAAGUGCUGUCCUUGCGGCUCUGUACUCUAGUACUUACAGAAGUUACAUAUUGCUUUAAACCAUGUAAAUAGGUGACUAAUGCAUAGUUAUUUGUGUUUAUCAUGAAUGUAAGCUGUGAAAAAUGAUCUUUGCGCUGUCAACUGGGGGAUCAGUUUAAAUACAGGGAAGGAGAAAACAAGCAGCACUUUUUCUCCAAAUUAGGAGUAUAUGUGUAUACAUGUUGUGUCAAUACUUGUAAUACUUGUAGUUACCGUGCUCAUGUUUGUCUUGUGGAGUAGUGCUCAUGUUAAUUGGUAUCUUUUAUGGUAUCUAUUCUGAAAUGUGCAUUUGGAGCUCUGGUAUAUAGUGUUUAAGAUGUCUCUGUUCAAUAAAGAGAUUUGAUGUUUUUAUUUGCA